AUGGUGCGGUCCAAAAACAUGGGAAAUUGCUCAGCCAUCGGAUUACAAGGAAUCUCGCGAACGGCUCAGAUUGCUUUUUGUCACACAUGGCAACUGAAUGAUUUACAGUAUGAAGCAAAUAAUCAUCAUGCUGGCGAUGUAGAAAUAUCCCUACUAUCAUGCUCUAAUGACGUUGAUGAUGUUUACAUUCCCCAAGUGUCGGAAAACUUAAAACCAAUGGUUGGACAAGAGUUUCUAUCGAUAGAUGAGGCACUUGAGUUUUACAUUAAGUAUUCAAAAGAGGCGGGAUUUAGUGUUCGUAGCAAUUCCAGUAAGAGACGUAAAGGUACCAAUGAAGUUAUAAGGAAAGAAGUCGUUUGUUAUAAAGAAGGAGAAUCUUCUAAAAGGGGCGGUGAGAAAAAAAGGUGUCGGGGGAUAACAAGAGAUAAUUUUAAGGCAAAAUUAGUCGUGGUUAUGUCCAAAAUGGGGAAAUACGUCAUUAGUUUUUUAGCAACAAACGUGCCAACUCACCAACAAAUAAGUAUUCUUGACUUUGAAGCUGAGAGUAUAGAGAAUAUUGGGUGUAUGAAGAAGGAUAUUUAUAACUACGAAGCUAAGUUGCGUAAUGAAAUGCGGGGACAAGAUGCAGAACUAUUGAAGGAAUAUUUGCUAAUAGAGCAAGAAAGGGAUCCAUCAUUUAUGUUUGAUGAUGAAUAUAAAUUGAAGCGUUGUUUUUGGUCUGAUUUGGUUUGUAGAAGAGCUUAUGGAUGUUUUGGUGAUGUAGUGGUAUUUGAUACAACUUACGACACUAAUUGUAUUUUUUACAAGGAGUUCCAGUACUGCAUUUGGGAAUCAGAAUGUCCGGAAGAGUUUGAAAGAAAAUGGGCUUCUAUCAUCAAAAAGGCGAACCUACAUGAUAUUGAAUGGUUAAAGUCAAUAUUUGAACUACGUUCAAGAUGGGUGCCGGUAUAUGUUAAUCAUGUAUUCUCACCUGGAAUGUCAAGUAGCCAACGUGCAGAAAACUCUCAUGCAUUUGUCAAGAGGUACUUUUCGAAGAAAAAUUUAUUGAUGGAUUUUAUACUUCGAUUUAAUAAGGCACCUGCACAUCAAAGUCACGAAGACUUAGGUGCUGAUCAUGUUGAUAUUAAUAAGAAGCCUGUUUUGAAACUGCCAUUGGAAAUGGAGAAGCAAAUGGCUGAGAUAUACACAUGCAAGAUUUUUUAUAGGUUUCAAGAUGAGUUGUGGCAUAGCUUAGUAACAACGCCACAAAUUGUUAGUGAAAAUGAUACACAUAAAAUGUAUACAAUCCAAAAUUGUCCAAAUGGAGGUGUUCCAAGGUUUCGAGAAAUUACUUAUGAUAAAGUUUUGGACUAUGCAUCGUGUAGCUGUAAAAAGUUUAAGAGUGAAGGGAUUCCAUGUAGACAUAUUUUGGCAAUUUUGUUACUCUUUGGUAAUAUUCCUCUACCGAAUCAAUAUAUAAUGAAAAAGUGGACUAGAGUUGCAAAAUCUCAAAUAAUAUACGACAAGGAGGAUUUAGAGAUAACUGGAAAAGGUGGUUCAAUGUUAACGUGGCGAAGUAAACUACAAAAACUUUUCUUAGAACUCGUUGAUAACAUCAUGUCAAAUGAAGAGGCAGCUGUAAUUGUGAAUGAUGCUCUGCAAAGUUUGGUUGAUAAGUUUAAAUCCGUAGCUGGUAGCACAAAGAGUGGAGGCAUUUUUGAAAAAGGUAGUAAUGUUAAUGACACAAUUCUGAAAGACCCAUCUCAGGUGAGGGCAAAGGGAUGUGAAAGGAGAUUAAAAGGGGGGAAAGAGAAGGCAACAAAUGCUGCUAAGUAUAGAGGUCGACGUUGCAAUGGACGUGGAAAAAUUGACCAAGCACACAACAAAAGAAAUUGUCCAGUCCUUAACAAUCGGUGA